UACUUUUUUGUAAAACAACUAUUUAUUUUAUUACCUAUCGUUUAUUUAGAAUCAGUAUUACAAUGAAAAUUUAAGAAUUUGACAUAAUACUUACGAGAGCCUAUUCAAUAACAUCAUAGCUUAGGUAUUUACUAAUAUAAUCAUACAAUAUGCUACCGUAGUCGACGUGUAUUUUGUCAUUUUCAAUAUUAAUAUGAUAAUAAAAUAAUAAUGUAAAUUCAUGUUAUAUUAUACUGGCUACUAAAACAAUAAAAUAUUUUUACAUCCUUUUUUAUCGUCUUAGAAACAAUUAUUUAAACAUUAUUAGUUGAUAUUUUUCAACAAAAGUAUUAACAGUUAUUAUCCGUUCUUACUAAUUUGGUAUUUAUUUCGUGAAAAAUAAUCUAUUUCAUAUUUACGAUAUUAAAUCAAAAUAAAAUGGGUUUCGCAGUUAAUGUAGAACAUCUGAUUCAAAUGGCGAUUGAUGCCAGAAAUAAACAUAUAAACCACUAUUUCUUAAUUCGACUUUUGGAAGUGGUUGUGCGCCACACAAAUUUAAAUAAAUUUUACGUUGAUUUUACCGGAAGUGACCAAAACCGUGCGCAGGACGUUUAUACUGGAAUUCAUGACUCUUUAACAAUACCACUGAACGAUGAUUUUGAAGUGACGUUUGAUGAAGAAUAUGAUGGAUUUUUACGUAUUGAACGACCACGAUCUACAUUAAAAAGAAAAGCUCGUCAAUGCCUAAAGCACGAAGAUUUUGAAGAAUCUGGAAUGUUGGAGAUGAGUGGAGAAUAUGAUGAUAACCCAACUGUUUCAAUUCAAACUCUCUCAACACAGAAAGAAGUCACCGAAGAUGCUGAAACGUAUGAGAGAUCUGUUUCUAUUGAAGAAUGCAAAAAAAAAUCAACGAAUUCAAUUGAGACUGAAGCUGCCAUGCAUGAUACGAUCAAAAUGAUGCAGGAGCAAUUGAAUGCAUUAACAUUGAGGUUCAAUGAAUUUCAAAUUACACAAAAUGUUACAACAUCGAAUUUGACGUUACCAGAUCCUGAAAACGAUCCCGAAUCAAUAAAUGAAUGCGAAGGAGAAUCGUUUGAAGCAUUAUCAAUAGAGUUCGAAUAUAAUUCAAUUUCAACAUUUUCAUCAGAACCCGAGAUAAUAAAAGAGAUAGAGGAGGAAAAACCACCAUUUAAUGUGAACACAUUUUUAGAAGAACAAAAGGAAUAUUAUAUUUAUAAUAACGAUCGAAAUGUAAUUGAAGAAAUUAUGGAACAUCUAUUAAAUGAAAAUAAAAAUCUUUGUUGCGCUAUGCAAAAAUUUAAAAAAAGCAUAAAAGAUAUUCCUAAUGAUAAUUAUAAUGAUUAUGAAAACGAAGAAAUUGACAUAGAACAAAAAUUCAUAAACUCAGACAUUGAUUCAUUGUUUACAGUUAAAAAACGUAAAUUCGAUCCAACAAAACAAGAAGAUAAUUUGAAAAGGUUGGAUAUAAGUUCCAAAGGAGAAGUAUACUUAGAUAUUUUUGGGAGAAGACAAAAGAGGAAGGAUCUAUUUUUGCCAUUGUCGAUACGAGAUUUCCGCGAAUUCGAUCUCGAUUAUAGAACAAAUUUUCAGAUUAUGCUUAGUUUUUUUGAAUCAUACAAUAAAAAAUUUGAGAAGGAUAGAAGAGAUAUUGAAGAGUUACAGAAGUCGUUUGUACAUAAAGAAAAGUACCUUAGAUUUAAAGAAGCGGUAAUGUCGACCCAUAAUGAAAUUAAAGAUCAAAUAAGAGAAUAUAUUAUAAAAGAUCCUGAAGCUAGUGGAAUUGUCAGAUUUAUAAAAGAAGGAGCAUGUAUAUCUUGUGGUAGACCCGCAAUCAUGAAAACAACUAACUCUCAUCCCAUUUAUUGCAAUAUGCCACCUAAUUCAAACGAAAAAAAAAGGAACCAAAAAAGCGAAGGAGUAAAAACCCCAAAACCAAUGAACACUUAUAAGCAAAAAGAAAGUUUUUUGAAAAACGUGCCAAUUUGUACAUCCAUGCAUAACUUUCCUGUGCCAACAACGGUGGUGCCAAAAAAGAAGAAGGAAGAGUUAGAAUACGAAUUAGAUCGUAUGAAAAAUGAUUACAAAAAUCAACCGUUGGAUGCCAAAGAUUUGAUUCUUCUAGAGAAAUUGACCAAACAAUUUAACAAAGGAGUAAAAACCCCAAAACCAAUGAACACUUAUAAGCAAAAAGAAAGUUUUUUGAAAAACGUGCCAAUUUGUACAUCCAUGCAUAACUUUCCUGUGCCAACAACGGUGGUGUCAAAAAAGAAGAUAGAAGAGUUAAAAUACGAAUUAGAUCGUUUGAAAAUUGAUUACAAAAAGUAUAAAUUCAUAUUAAUAAUAACAAUAUUAUUUCAUAAAAUACAUUUAUGAUUAAGUGAUCAAGGCGAUUGUAUUGUACACAAUGUAAUUCACUAAGCUGUUCACCUAGACAACUUAUAUUUCACUUUAAGUUAUUAAAAGACGUUAAAUCCACACGUGUUAUUUCUGUGUUAUAAACAUACAACAUACCAUAUUUUAAAAUAUUUAAAUUUUUAAAUUUUUUAAAGGGUGUCUUCAUUUAAAUUUAUUUAUUUACCUAUUGUAAGGACAGCCGUGUACAAAAAAAAAAAAAAAAAUUAAAACGUUAACCAUUAGGUAUAAUAUAAAAUAUCUGUAUCGUGGUGAGUAAUUAAUGAAAAGUAUAGUAUUACACAGUAAUAUAAAAUUUGUUAAGUAAUAAUUAAUUAAUAACUUACUAUAUUGUACUAAUAAUGUAUAUAUAAAUAUUAUUGCAACAAUAGGAUUUAGGUGAUAAUUAAAAAAAAAAAAUAAAAAAAUCGGCAAGUGGGUACCGCUCUGAUGUACAUUAGGGGGUGGGGUGGACCUCGGACUAGGGUAGAUUAAAUUUGAAUGCAAUGAUAGGUAUCAUUGUUUACGAAAAACGAUUCUGAACGGAGAUGAUUUGUCAGUCUAGAAUAUAUUAUAAUUAAAUAUUGUCAUAUAUUCUAUUUUGAAACAAAUAUUCCGAUUUCAUAAAAAUUUAAAAUUCAAACGCUCAAAACAUUUUUCCUAUAAUGACGCUUAAAAUGUUCUCUAUAGCUUUUUCAAGCAGAACUUAUGGAAAACAUAGUGUUGAUUUUUUUAACGUUAGAUAUAAAUACGAACAAUUUUAUGAAUUUUGAACUACAAAAUAAUUUGCAAAUAUUCAUGAUUUUUU